AUGAGUGUUCUCUCGUUUUCUCUUUUUAUAACUCAUUUUUCGUACAUAAUUCCAGGCAAUCGGAAGCCAUGGCGAGGAAUACUGUUGUUUGGUCCACCAGGUACGGGUAAAUCGUAUAUCGCAAAAGCAGUAGCAACAGAAGCAGAUAAUUCGACGUUCUUCUCUGUAUCGUCAUCAGAUCUCAUGUCAAAGUGGCUUGGUGAAUCAGAAAAAUUGGUGAAGAAUCUGUUCGCUCUUGCUCGGGAACACAAACCAUCCAUCAUUUUCAUCGACGAGAUCGACUCAUUGUGCGCUUCACGAUCGGACACUGAAAGCGAGAGCGCACGUCGUGUUAAAACGGAAUUUAUGGUGCAAAUGCAAGGUGUUGGCCUCAAUAACGAUGGCAUCCUGGUACUUGGGGCCACGAAUAUCCCAUGGAUUCUGGACGCUGCUAUAAGAAGGCGUUUCGAGAAAAGGAUUUACAUUCCUCUGCCAGAGAUGAAUGCACGCAAGGAUAUGUUCCGCUUGGAUGUCGGCCGUAAUAAUAACAACCUUACAGAUAACGAUUAUAAGCUGUUAGCCGAGCGUACAGAAGGCUAUUCCGGUUACGAUAUUAACAUUCUUGUGAAAGAUGCGUUGAUGCAACCGAUUCGACGUGUGCAAUCAGCUACCCACUUCAAAUAUGUGAGUGGACCAUCACCAUCAGAUCCGAAGGUGAUUGUGCACGACCUGCUUGCCCCAUGCAGUCCAGGUGACCGUGGAGCGAUGCCGAUGAGCUGGUUGGAUGUACCCGGUGAUAAACUAGCUGAACCGAUACUUACAAUGCAUGAUAUGCUGAGGUCUUUGGCGACAGUGAAGCCGACUGUAAACGCUGCUGAUCUGACGAAAUUGGAGCAGUUUAAGAACGAUUUCGGUCAAGAAGGCUAA